AUGUUAUUUAAAACAAAAAGAGACAGCAGCAAGAAGGAUUCUCGCUGGGCCUCCUGCUUGCGUGGGUGGACCUCCGUGCAGCAGCAGCAGCAGCAGCAGCAGCAGCAGACCAGUUGCAGCGAUGCAGCAGCAGCAGCAGUAGUAGUAGCAGCAGCAGCGACAGCAGCAGCAGCAACAGCAACAGCAGCAGCACUGCCGACCGCAGGUGCGGGCGUGCUACCAACUGAUCGUACUGCAGCAGCUGCAAGUGCUGCUGCAGUACGAUCAGUGGGUAGCAGCAAUAGGAAGAGCAUCAGCGUCAGCAGCAGCAGCAGCAGCAGCAGCAGCAGCGAAGGUGCAGCAGCAAAUAUGAUGGAGGUGGACAGUAGAGAACCGCAGCUAAUUAGCCGCUGCUGCUGCGGUUGCCUCCUUGGUUGCUCCAGCUGCAACAGCAGCGCCAGCAGCAGCAGCAAGGGCAGCAGCAGCAGCAGCAAGGACAGCAGCAGCAACAAGAACAACAGCAGCAGCAAGGACAGCAGCAGCAGCGGGUUGGAGGAGAUGGGGGGUCCCGGUUGUUUGCUGCUGCGUUUGAGUGAUUCGCUGCUGCUGUCUGUGCUGCUGCUGCUGCCGCCCUUAGAGCUGGCUGUCUCGCUGCCGAUGGUGUGCAGACGGCUGCGGCGUUUGUCUGUCUGUUCAUACUUGUGGCAGCAGGUGCUGCCUGCUGCUGCUGCACGACGAAGCAGCAGCAGCAGCAGCAGCAGCAGCAGCAGCAGCAGUAGCAGCACGACGAGAGAAGCGUUCAUAGCGCAGUGUAAGGAGGAGGCACAGAGGAAAAAACUCAGAUCGCAGCUGCUCCUGCAGCAACACAAUCAUCUGCUGCUGCUGCAGCAGCAGCAACAGCAGCAGCAGCAGUGGUUCGGACCACUCAAAAAACGCCGGCAGCUCAGCAGCAGCGCCAGCAGCAACAGCAGCAGCAACAGCAACAGUAGCAACAGCAGCGAAAUCGAUGAAGCGCUUCUCCAGUUCGCGGAGAUGCAAGCCGCGAUGCAGCUCCAGCAGCAACAGCAGAAGCAGCAACAGCAGCAGCAGCAGCAGCGCUUGCACCUUACGCAGCACGAGGGCGCGCAGCAUCCCCUGCAGCAGCAGCAACCCCAACAGGGGGCAGCAGCAGCAGCAGCAGUUGCUGCUGCUGCUGCUGCUGCAAGCCCCUUCCCUCCGUCUGCGGACGCAGCAGCGGGUAGAGGCGGACCUCUCACUCCUUCCGCACCCCCACCGCCAGCAGCAGCAGCAGCAGCAACAACAGCAGCAACAGCAGCAGCAGCAGCAGAGCAUGUAUGUUCAGGAAGCCGCUGCAGCAUUGAGGCGUUAGGGGGUGAGAUGUAUCGUUGCAGCGAGAGCGGUUUGCUGCACUGCUGCGGCUCGCGCUGCUUGCGGAUGGAAGCAGCAAAAGAGGUGGGGUUUGUUGUCUGCCCAAUUUCGGGUAUUAUGACAGACAUUGCAGGCUGCUAUGCUGCUGCUGCUGCUGCUGCUGCUGCUGCUGCUGAGCAAAAGACCCUACUCACCAAUCCUUACACCGCACAUGAGGGCAGCAGCAGCGGAAGUGGCAGCCCAAGCGACGCUGCUGCUGCUGCUGCUGCUGCUGCAGAGCGGCGCUUGCGGGGAGCUGCGUUCCUGCAUGAGCUGGCUGGCUUGCUGCAGCAGCAGCAGGCAGAAGCAGCAGCAGCAGCAACAGAUGAUGAAGAGCCCUUCGAUGUCUUCUGUGAAGCAGAAGCCUCUGACCGCUGGUGCUGCAGCGACUUCAGAGCAAAACGCAAAACCUUACGGCGUAAGGGACUCAGCAGGCGCACUUGA